CUGGCUGAAAUCAUCAGUCAAUCAGUUCAUCUCAAGCUCUAGUUGCACCUAACAAACACUACGAACAUGAAGUUCACAAUCAUUGCUUUGGUCUGCUGCUUUGCCACCUGCAUUGUGGCCUAUCCCAAUAAUCCUAAUCCGGAGCAGAAAUUGCGCUGGGAUCCGCCACAGCAACGCAAUGAUCAGCAGCAAAAUCGCUUCCAACUGGAUGGUGGCGUCGGUCAUGAUAAGUUUGGCAAGGACGUGCAUGUGUCGGGGCAAGUGCCCGUUUGGACUAGCGAUAACAAACGCCAUGAGAUCGAUGUUGCUGGACACUAUGGACAACAUUUGGGUGGUCCCUAUGGCAAUUCUCCACCUUCUUGGGGUGCUGGUGCUGGCUACCGAUUCAGAUUUUAACUUGAAACUCUGUAAUCAUGCAGCUACAAAUAUUUGUUGGCCAACUUAAAAUAUUUAUUUUAAAUAAAAAUGAGUUA